AUGGAGGAUAAAAGAGAAAUAAGGGCACCUUCUCCGGACCCUGAUAGCCAAUCAAUUUCACAAACUACUCCACGCUCCAUAGCAACCCAGGCAGAUUUGGCAGGAGUGUACCAGUUAAUAGCACAACUGCUUGAGCAACAGCAGCAGAUGCAGUUGGCUGCCCAACCUGUACAGCCGAUGGAAUCCUAUUACGAGAGGUUCCGUAGGCUGAAUCCACUGAUGUUUGAUGGUGGAUUCAAUCCCAUGACAGCUGAGACCUGGAUCCGGGAAAUGGAGAAGAUAUAUGAGUUACUCCAAUUUUCCGAGGAGGUAAAAGUCAAAUUAGCUACCUCUAUGCUAAGAGGGAGUGCUGAUUAUUGGUGGACUGCUAUGAAGACAGCAUAUGAGGUCGACGGAAUGACCUGGGAAGAUUUUAAGAGGAUAUUUUAUGCUAAGUACUUUUCAGACUUAGUCAGGCAAAUAAAACAGAAUGAGUUUUUAUCGUUGUCUCAGUCCGAACAUAUGACUGUCCUGGAUUAUGCCUAUAGGUUCGAGGAGCUGAGUCGAUUUUGCCCCCAGUUCAUGGAGGACGAUAUGAGUAGAGCCAACCGGUUCGAACAAGGGCUUAUAUACAGAAUCAGAUCCCGAACAUCUUUACAGAUAAUUUCCAGUUAUAAGGAUAUUUUGGACAGAGCUUUGAAAGUGGAGGCUGAAUUAAAAAGAUCCGAUAAAGAAAGGGCUGACCUGAUGAGAUAUAGACCCGCUAGAAGUCGGAGUGGCAGGCCAUGGGAUUUCCGAGAAACCCCAAUUCAAAAGAAGCCCAGGGCUCGCACUUACUUUAGCAGAUUCCAUAGUGGGCCCUAUAUGAGGAGAGCGAGGGCAUGUUAUAGUUGUGGGCGGACUGGACACCUGGCACAUGAUUGCCCGUACAGGAGGAGGAAUGAGCCCAGACCUCCUGUACUUGGUGACCAGAGGCCAAGAAGCAAUGCUCGAGUUUUGCACUGA